AUGGCGGACGCAAUGGAACCAGAUCAACCAAACAACGAAGAUGUUAAUAAUCAUGUUAUACUCCCUCGUGAUGUCACAAGAGAGAUGUACUUACGUAUUUUGGACAUGGUUAAAAAGAUUAAAACAAACGAGACAAUUUUACUAUAUCUGCGCGAGGAAUUUGGCUGCGAAUGGAGUUUAUCGACACUGAAGAGACGUUUGAAAGCAAUGAAUAUCAAGAGACAUGAUCAAACCAUAUCCCCACAACAAGUGAUUAAUGCUAUUCAGAUUGAAAAUCAGGGAGUUGGAACAGUGAUUGGGUACAGGCAUAUGCAGCAACGUCUUCGACUUCGACAUGAUCUAUUAGUUAAAAGGGAUGAUGUUUAUCAAGGCAUGUUGUAUGUCGAUCCCGAAGGUGUCAGAAGAAGAAAGGCUAAUGUGUUAAAGCGACGGGAUUAUGUUUCAGUGGGAAGUAACUGGAUAUGGCAUAUAGAUGGCCAUGAUAAAAUGAAACCUUAUGGCUUCACAAUCCAUGGUUGUGUUGAUGGCUUUUCACGCAAAAUCAUUUGGUGCAAUGUUGAUGUUACCAAUAACGAUCCUGCAUAUGUUGCUCAAUACUACCAUGAUUAUGCAAAGUCUUCCAAAGUAAUCCCUGCAAUCACCCGUACUGAUGGUGGAACUGAAAAUGUAUUGUUGGCUGCAUGUCAGAUGUAUUUAAGACGAAAUGGUGUGGACAGCUUAGCAGCACAAAAAAGUCACAUGUAUGGCACCUCAAUGGCUAAUCAG